GACAUGGAGGAUUCCUGAAAUGAGCCUGUGGAGUUUCUAUGGAAACAGGAGUACAACUGAGUCCACAUAUCUGACAUUGAACUCACUGGAAGGGGAAGACUUUAAGAGCUGGAAAUGCAAAUUCAGGUUUGUAUAAAAGUUGGAUGAUUUUUUUAAAUCUCUGUUACUCCGAGCUUUGUAUGAAUUGUUUUUUAACUUUUCAAGUUUUUAAACAACAGAAGUCAAAACCUGUACUUCAUUGUAUUUCUGUGCUCCUGUUAUUCACUGACAAACAAGUUAAAUAUUUGCCAGACUUGCUAGGUUGCUUUGCAGUCCUAAAACACAGGGUCACAUUUUUCAUGUUUGCAUCAGGUGAGUUAAUGACAGUAUGAGCCCCUGAACGAAGGUGAUGAUUAACUGGGUUUAGGAAAACAUGGCAAUAACCCAACGAUUUAGGAAUGUGUCUUGCAGAGUGAUACAGUAGGAGUGUUAGGAGAGACGUUGAUCAUUAGGAGAUGGGGUAACCGGAGCGAUACCUUUUGCCCAACAACUUACCAGCAAGCUGUUGACAUGUUGAAUAAUAGAUGAAGAUAUUUUUAAGUUUUUUAAGUUCAGAAAUGAAGAUUUCAUUAAACAUGCAGCCAGGAAAAGGUAACAGAAAACCUCUGAGUUUCUCUCCUCACUUGUCUUAGCUCUUGUCCCACAAGUAAACUUUCCUCAGAAGACACAGGCUGAUCUAUGGGGGAUCACAUGACCUCACUGGACAGAGCAGGUUCUAGAAGCAGCUCAGUUACCAGGAACUGAAACGGACCUGUAGGUUCUGUGUAACGGCGGGGGAGGACCUGAAGCACAAAGCACAUUCAGUCAUCCCGAGGAACAGCAUCAGAGAGUUGCAGAACACCAAGAGGAGCCUGCUGCCACAGCCUUAUCAGCUAGCCGCUGCUUCGGAGCUCUCAGCAUGCAGCUCUCUCAGAGACUGGACCAGAGACUCCACAUGCUCAGACAGGAAGUCAGGACGAUGAGUCUGGAAAAGGAGCGAGAGGAUCAAGUAUGGAGGGAGCGGCUGCAGCGCUGUCAGAGGCAGUUGAAGGUCAAAGACGAGGAGAUGAGUCGUCAGUCCCAGUAUUUUGAGAACUUUAAAACCCAGCUCCAACAGAAGCUCAACCUGGCCCGCGACAGAGAGCAGAGUCUGCAGAGCCGCAUCUACAGUUUAGAAAAGCAGCUGCUCAACGUGACUGUUAGCUCUGCUACAGGUAUGGCAACAAUCACAGCCAUCAGAAUUACUGCUGGGACUGGAAUACACAUGGAUGAACUAGACAGGUUGCCUUCUAUGAGAGGAGAGGGGGAAGGAGAAGAGGAGAACAAGGAAGAGAGGAGGAAGCAGUGGCAGCCAAAUGUGGCAACUGUGAUAAAAGAAGGGCCAAAGGUUGAUGAGGGUAAGACGGAGACAGACACAGAGGGAGAAAGAGACAAAGAAACAAAACAUACUUCAAAUGAGGCCAGACUGCAAAGCUUCAUUAUCAGCCUGCAGGAGGAUCUCAAGGUGCUGUUGGAGAGAGAGGAGGAUGGGAUGACUGAGCGGAGGAAACUGUUGGAUGAGCUCCAGGAGGCUCAGGAAAACAGCCACUCUCUAGACUGCAAAGUGGAGGAGAUGAAGGCAGAGCUGCAUCAACUGAAACAGUCAGAGAGCUCCCUGAUGGAGGAGGUGGAGGACCUGAAAAAGGAGAACCAGAGUCUCCAGCAGAUCCUCAGGGAUGCAGUUCCUCCUCAGUCAUGUCUAAAACCCGAGGCAACACGUACACUUCCUGGAGCAAAUUUGUCUCGCUGCAGCCCAGAUGCACCUUUCCGCCCUCUGUCAGAAGGAGCUGUACGCCUGGGAGAGGUGCAGUCAAAUCAGCCUUUUCUGUCUGCAGUUCCACCUAUUGACCAUCAGGGUGCGGCAGAGCACACACAGAACGACUCACAGGACCGUUUCACUCCACCCAAAUCAAAAACCCCAAAACAAAAUCAUCUCAACCUCUUUCACCACAGAGGCUCCAACCCCAACCCAGGUUUCCAGUCCCUUUCCAUCUCCACAGAGUUUCUAACUGAGCCCAAACUGGGAAACAUGGAGGAAAUUCCUAGUGAAGAGUCAGAUGCCCUGAAGGCAGCUUUCCACAGCUUAGGUUUUGGUGAUGAUUUGCAAGCUCUUAAAGAAGAACGUGACCACCUGGAGGUGAAACUUCAGCACACAAAAGCAGAGCUGCAGGCUAUAGCUCAGGAGAACGCUGAAUUAAAGUUACAGCUCAGGAGAGAGACUGAACAAAAAUGGAGUGCAAAUGAGCAGUGGUCAUCAAAAGAAAAGAUUAUCACAUCAUCCACCUGUAAUAGAGAUUAUCAUCUUCCAUUAAAUUCUGACGAAUAUGAUACAUGUCUUGACCUGACACAGGGCGAGCUCAUCCAAGCCCUGAAUCAGGAAAACCGGGCCUUGGCAGAUAGGAUCCAAGAGCUGUUAGCUCACAUUGAACUCAGAGAAUUGGAGAUGAGAAAGGAGCAAACACACUUGAGGGAGUGUAUUUGUAGGCUGGAGGAGGAUGGUGUCAGGCUGGAGCAGGAGAACCAGGAACAAGUUAAUUUGAUCUCAGAACUCACCAGGAAGACUGAAGAUGAUCUGAAUACCAUUAUGGAGCUUCAGCAAACGUUAGAAGAGAGCAAAGAGGAACCACAAGUUAAGCAGCACUGCAGAACUCUGUGGCAAAGUGAACACCGGGAUGGAAUAACGGGAUGUUUUCAAGAGAAAAAGCAAGAAGAAUAUGUAGAGAAUUUAGUAGAAAGUUUGGUUAAAGGAGAGAAAGAAACUGACAAUUUGACCACAACCUCCUCAUCUUGUCAGCUAAAUGUUCAGGAUAACUCAUCACAAAACAGUCUUCAUGCAAGUUCUCUGACAGAUGAGGUAGCCCAACUCAACACCUCAAUCCAGAGCCUCAAAACAGAACAAAAAGAGCUGACAGUCAAGAUCAGUUCUCUCAGAGAGGAGCAGAAAGAAGUCACUCUCUCUGUCCAAAAACAAACAGAAGACAAACAGCAGUUAACUCGCUCAGUGUGGGCUCUGAAGGAGCAGAAAGAUUGCAUCUCUCAGUCUCUACAUGGACUUAAACAAGAGAAGGAGAAUCUGAACCGGGCCGUCUGCAGUCUGAAGGAUGAAAGAGAUCAGCAUACAAGGUCCAUCAGUGGCCUAAAAAAAGAGAAAGAGGAGCUAACUCGGUCUUUAUCUACUCUUCAAAGAGACAAAGAUGUGAUAAAAGACUCUAUUUCAAGUGGUGAAGAAGAGAGCGAUCGGAUCAUGAAGUCUCUGCAGAGAGACGAACUAACCGAUUCCCUCAAAGGUCUCGCAGAAGAGAGAGACGAGAAAGAACUAACUCUCGCUUUGAACGGGGAACAUGGCCAGCUAAUAUCUGUCAGCUGUUUGAAAGAAGAAAAGGAAAAACUGCAACAGUCAAUCAUCAGGCUAAAGCAAGAACAAGAAAACAUAAAGCAAAUAAUCUUGGGUUUAAAAGAGGAGAAAUGCAGCCUUCAAACACAAGCUGAGGAGACCAAUCAUGAGUUUAAUCUAAGAAGUGAGAAUAUGAGUAGAGGGACAGGAGAUAAUUGUCCAAGAUGUGAGUCCAGUAACAACAGAGGAACGUCUGUUCAGGAAAGUGACCUGUUGAUGGAGAGUGAAGCUUUGGGAGCCGAAUUAAAGAAGUCAAGAGAAGAAGUGGAAAAGAGUCGUGAAGAAAUCAGGAAGCUGCAUGCUGAGCUGUCUCAGGCAGAAGCUAUGCGUGAAGUGGUAGAGAAAGAGGCAGCUGAGCAGGUGAUGAGACUGACAGAAUCAGCUGGUCAGAGGGAAGACAUCAUGAAGGAAAAUGAGACCCUUUCAAUGCAGGUGAAGGAGCUGCAGAAUAAACUGAUGGCCCUGCACAGGGAGAAGACUGAUGCUUUGUCUCUGAAGGCACAAACAGAGGAGCAAUUUAACAUCCUUGCCGCUCAGCUCAAAGCAAAGACCGUCGCUCUGGAGGAGUUGAACUCGGAGUAUAUAGCUCUGAAACAAGGACGGGGCAGCAGGGAUGAUCACACGGCUGCUCUCGUCUCCCUCAGAGCUCGCUACAAUGACAUCAGAGCUAAGUAUGAUGCACUUCUUAAAAGAAAAAGCCAAACUGAUCUGGAUGUUGCUCCCUUGAAGGCCAAGCUGUCUUGCCUGGUGGUGAAGUGUCAGGAAAGGAACGGCUUGUUAGCCGAAAUGAUGAAGUCCAUGCACAGACGAGGCUACCUGGAGCCCAGGCUGAUGCAGCAGGCUGAGCAUCUUCUCAGGGAUGCUGCUCUUCAGGACUACACUGCUGCAUUCUCACCAGAAAGCAAAACCCAACGCAGAGAGCACUGUAGUAACGUAACCCAAGAUUUUUUUUCAGCGUUUCAAGGCUGCAACAAGGGAUUUAUGCCUGAUCCUACCUACCCAGUUGUAUCGAGCUGUUUGGUUAAUCAACAAAAAGAGGUCUCGUCGGAAUCUGGAGUCGAGUGUGGUGAAAGUGAAAAAUGUACUUUGAGAUUUGCUGGUGAGACUUCAAAAAAUCCUCAAGACUGCUGGAAAGUUGCACCUGCAGCGGCACAAACACUGAAGGAAAUUUCCCCAGGGUCAGUCUCUCCUGCAGUGUCCCCUGAUGUCCCAUUAAAGGAGAGCAUCUUCAUAAGCAGUCCCCAGCUGUCUCCUGCCACUGUACCACUCCAAGCAACCAGCCGACCAGAGAAAAUUAGCUCUCCUUAUGGGAAGGUGAAAGAGAAGUACUCCUCAAAUACAACUGAGGUGGGGGGACGCACGCAGAGUCCUUCUACGGCGUCCUCAAGCACACAAGUCAGUCCAAGCAGGAGACUGAGCAGUCCUGAGAAGAUCCUCAACCUGCAAGAAGAACUGCAGAAGACUCUCAUGGAUAGCUUUCAGGCACCUAAGAACAGAGGAAGAGGACAGGAACCCCGUAAAAAUCUCUCACCAUCAGCGCCUACAGACCUAAACUUACCCAAACCAACAAAACAUUUUUCUUUCAGUGUUCGGCAUACUGACUCUCUGCCAGUCUCCAAAUUUCCGUGCCCUACUAAACACACUCCAGUUGUAACUGCUAAAUCCAACACCUCUAAUAAGGCACCAACUCUUUUUAAUGCAGUUACAUUUAGGUCUGCUAAUGCCAAAAAAACUCUAGGCACGUUUACUCCCUGUCACCUUGAAGCAGACGGAUCUAUAACAUCAGAACUUUCAUCCUCUUCUGAUUUUUCUUUCAACUCUGCAACUCACAGAAAAGACGGCUCCAUCUCAAGUGACGACACUAAGUUAACAACACACUCAAAGCAGCGAAAGGAAAUUAUUACCGUGCUUAAUUUAUCUGAUGCUACACGUACAGAUACAUUCAAUACAUCCUGCAGUCAGGCUGCUCGUUUCUCACCUGAGAGAUCCCACAAGGUUGCCAUGGACACCACGGCUGCGUUGAGAAAUACUUCAAGACCAAGACCAGGAGUUCCAGCGGAGGUUCUCUCUGUUGAGGUCAUUAAAACAGUGGGACAGAGCGGCCUUCUGAUUGGCUGGGAGAGGCCGCCUCUUGACGAGCUCGGCUGUAGCAAUGCCACUUUUGUGUAUGGAUAUAGGGUUUUUGUAAACCAGGAUUUCCACAAAUCUGUCAUGAGCUCAGCGUGUACCAAGUGUAUCCUGGAGAACAUCGAUCUAAGUGCCCCUGUCCAGAUUGGUAUCCAGACUCUUGGCUCUAAUGGACUCCACUCUGACAGUGUCCACACCAUUUAUACCAACUCAGACAGUGAAUAGUAACCCUGGCUCUAAGUUGCUAGAACACAUCCAGCCUCUCAGUGGGACACAACAUCAGUGCCCCAUAGCUGCAGCCAUCUAACCCUCGACCUCAGUUAAGCUAUCUCUGCUAGAACAACUGCACCACUGGGAGAAUCCAGUCAACCAAUCAGAAAUAAGACAUUUCACUUUGUUUUUACCUGCCUGUGAACACGCAGCAACCUGAAGCUGACUCGUAAACCUCAAAAAUGUUACAUGAAGAUGUCAAAGGGAAGCUCUGUGAACUUUCUGCCUCUGCAAUCAAAGGUCAUUUCCUGUGAAAAAACAAAAACUGCUUCUUUCACUUUGUGUUUCACCUGCAGAACCUUUUAGAUAAGGUGUUGUGACAAUAUACACAUCAGCAGUGGCUGCCAAUGCAACAACCUGUUAAAACGUUUAGACAUUUUUCAUGGAGCCAAGAGUUGUCAAACUAAAAAUGCAUUACUGACUUCAACAUUUACUGACUAUGUUCAUGGAAAUGUUGGAAUGACGUCUGCAUCCUUUAUACUGUGUGGACCCUAAGCUUCAUUAAAGAGCUCCUCCGCUGCCUCUCUGGACUCUACAAGCCGAACAUCCAGCUAAAGGGACAUUAAAGACCUUUGGACUGAAAACACAUCAGACAUGAUGGUCAUACUACUUUAUUUUUAUACAUGAAGCCAAAUAUGUUGAAAUGAUGAUUCACUCCAAAGACUCAUUUGUUCCCCUCCUCUCACAGGUCAACAGGAUUUAUUUGACCACAGAAGAUAUUCAAAUGUAAACAUUUGCACACAGGGUUUAUUUAGAUCUUAAAGAAAUAAAAAAAAUCAGAUAAUCACUGAUAUUUUUUGUAGAGAAUAUUAUAAAAACAUAUGCCAACAUACUUUACCUCACACUGUAUGUUUUCGUUUUGUAUGGGUGACACUUCAUACUUAAUGUUUGCACUCAGAUUUUUUUCCUUUAUUUUGAUAAAUGUUCACGACACACAUGUGUGUAGAGUGAUCUUGGUGCAAUAAAGGUAUUUUUCUAUCAGUUAUCAAUGUUGCGUUCCCACAGAUUUGUUCUUACUGUACCAAGAAUAAACGUUUCUAAGAUAUUAACUAUCA